AUGGAGGUCGACCGCGUCUUGGACUGGGUGACGGAUACAACCUUCAACAAUGUCGAGCACGGAGCAGGGAACGCCCUCAACUCGGUGCAAGAGGUGCAGGAGUGGCUAGAGAGAGAGCUUUGCGCCGCCGGCCCAUCGACAUCGGGACAGUCGGGGCCUCAGCCAUCCACGUCACAGGGUUUAUCAAGCAGCAACAGCGACUGGUGCCGUGAGCUUGUCCUGCGGGCCUUUGUGCCGGGGGGACCAGGGCCGAGUACCAGCGGCGGCAGCCAUGGCGCAGCCUCCUUGCCCCUGGACCACCACGCGCUCGACCCUAGGUUGGCCCUGCUGAGACACGAGCAAAAGGAGCAUCGAUGCUACCAGGAACUGGUGCCCGCGCCAGGGCACUCCACCAUCACCUUGUCCUCGUCGUCGUCGUCGUCGUCGUCAUCGUCGGCGCCGGGGUCGGUCAACGGCGGCGACGACCGCGAGGAGCGGCAGCAGCAGUGGGCGCAGCUCGUCGACAUGGCCAGGCGGUACAGCCUGGACGAGAACGUGCUCAUGCAGCAGCUGGACCUGGGCCUCGAGUCGUUCCGCAACAACUUCUCCCGCCUCUGGGACACGCUGGUGGAGCACUGUCCCGCCGUCUACCGGCUCCUGUUGCACGCCGCCCACUUGGGAGUCACCUUUGCUGAGUGCGCCGACCCAACCCGCAGCCUCUUCCAUCCAAAGGGGCCCCCUGGCUGGGGCAAGAGGUCCGUGAUGGCUCGCGCAAUGAUGAGGGCGCCGACGCUGCAGCGGGGGUCCAACGACAAGAAGACGAUGGGGCGAUCCGACGACAAGCAGGCGAUGGGGCAGGAGUGCGACGCGUUGCUCGACAUGACCAAGGUGACUCCCAGCUUCGAGAUUUGCGACGAGGAAGACUUUGGGCCCCCGUGCUCAUGGAUCGAGGUCCCGGCAGGGCAGUGCGUCACACUUCCCACCAACAACGCAUCUUCAAUACAAUACGACGAGGCUGCCGGCUCCUGCACGCUCUACGAUCACGACUCCUGCCAGGGACGCAGCCUCGAAUUCGAAGAGUCCGUGAUGCGCUUCCCGACGGGCCGAGAGACGGGCCACUGGAACAAUCGAGGACGAUCCAUCCGCUGCCGCGGGCGCCCCGACAAGAGCUCCCCGAGCAAAGCAGGAGCGUCCGGCGUGUCGUCGUCCCGACCGUCGUCGUCGUCGCCGUCGCCGUCGUCGUCGCCUCUGCCUAACGGCCCAUGCGAAAAUGUGGUCGACCAGCUGUGGGUCCGCUUCCAGCUGGGCAGAACGGGCUCGCGGGACCCGGUCGAAAUGGUCAUCAAUGGCAAAGCCUUUCGGCUGACCGAGGCCGACUCGCCCCCCGUGAUCCGGCCGCAGCGCGGUAUCAAGCUUCGAGACGCCUUUGGCAGCGAUCAAGUGGCCCUGAGGGACAUCAAGUUGGUGGGCAUCCAGGCGACCGCUAAGUCGAACCCAGAAACCCCGGCGACUUUCAGCUUUCUCAGUCUAAGAAUGCUCGCCGAGUGUGCCGGCACGCAUGAAACAAUCUACUGGCACGAAUUCGCGGACAUAAACAGCGGCAACCUCACCAGACAGGCCGGGAAAGUGUCCCAGGUGGUCUGGAGCACCCCGAUCUCGCCAGGCAACUGGGUCAGGGACACACGGCCAGGCUCCCGGAAUCAAGAGCCUGCGCAACAGUCCCCCCAUCCCAAGGCCCACGAUGAGCACAAGCCCAUCCCCGCGCCGUCGGUGGCUAAGCCCGAGGAACAAAUCCCCAGGCCAACGGUGGUCAAGCCCAAGAAGCAGAUGUCAAAGCCGCCGGUGGCAGCUCACGAGCCCGUUCCCAAAGCGUCGACAGCGGCCAAGCCCGAGGAGCAGAUCCCCAGGCCGCCGACAGCUGAGCCCAAGCCCAUCCCAGCGCCGCCGCCGGCUGCGCCCACGUUCAGACACGAUGAGUUCUGAAGAGCGAGGGCAAGCCGGAGUCGGAGUCGGAGCCGGGGCCGGAGAAAGAGUCGGAGAGCCGACCGAUGACGACAUUGCAGGUGGUCCAAAGAAAAGCCGGAGCUGGAGCUACAGUCGGAGAGCUAGAUCUGAGCCGCAACCACAACAGGAUCAAGUCAGAUAGUAAAGGG